AUGAGCUUCCUACGCGUGUUUGGCGGAAGGUGCGGGGCGCUCCUGCCCCGGGUGACCCCUGACGACAACGGCAGGGGAAGCGCGGCUGAUCUGAGGCAGCCUGUAGCAGCCACUUGCCGCGCAGACUCUGGAUACUUCACCGCCGCAAACAGAUACUGCUCAGCGGCGCUUGCCUCGUGGAAGAAAAGGGUGAACACAUCUAGGACAAUCGCUUCAGCGCUGCUACCCUCGCAGUUCAUGCUACUGACCCGGCCGGCACACUGUGACGAACAGCCAUCCGCGCCGGAACAGCCUCCGGCACCGUCGCCAUACGAUCUGCUGGUAUUCGAAAACCUGGCUAGGGAGUUCAAGAAUGUCAUGACGCAGGAUAACUACGACGGAUUCAGACUGGAAGCCGAUAGGCAAAUCACCGACAACAUCCAGGCCAGCCACUCGCUGUUUCUCGGAACCGUAAUGAGCGAUGUCGGAUACCUCUACCAGAUAGGCGCGAACUAUGCCAGCUCGGACGGCAACCUCCUCGCCUUGGCCAAAAUUGGCCUUGACGGCAUCGUCACAGCCAGGGCGUUCGCAAAAUACGGGAACAACCUCGAAAUCAAGCUCAACGGUAACAGCUUCCUUAGAUAUGACGCGCGCAAUGCCUACGAGGCCGGCGUAGACUACAUGGGUCCGGGGUGGACGGCUUCGCUUAAGGGGGCGUGGCAAGGCACAUGGAUACUGAACGCCGCAUACACGCAGCAAGUAUUUCCGAAAUUGACACUCGGAUCGGAGCUUACGUACAUCGUGGCUAACGGAUCAUCCAUAGGAGCAAUCGCAGCGAGAUACGCGGAUGGAGAUCACGUCGUCACAUGUGAGCUUGCAGACAACCAACAUCAUCGGCGCGCAGGCCAGUGGACGAAGCAGCCCAACUUCAAGAGCAUGGACUUCACACUACAGGAAACGGAUUCGGCGAAGGUGCAGUACGUCAGACGCAUAAAUGAUCGGCUGGCGCUCGCCACUGAGCUGGAAUUGACACCGUCCACGAAGGAGUCGGCGCUACGCAUGGGCUGGGAAUACCUCUUCCGCCAUGCACGAGUACAGGGCAACAUCGAUUCCUGUGGGCGCAUUGCGAUGCAAGCCCAGGACUACUCAGGAUUCGGAGUCAGCGGAUGCAUCGACUACUGGAACAACGUAUACAGAUUCGGGUUCAUGAUGCACCUGCUGCCGCCGCAACCAGAGCCCAAGCAGGACCAGCAAGUGGCGUUCUGA